AUGGACUGCGAAGGGUGCGAGAGACGGGUGAGGAAGUCAUUGCAAGGCAUGAAGGGAGUCAGCAAAGUCACCGUCGAUGCUAAGCAAAGCAAACUCACGGUGGAAGGAUUCGUCCAACCCGACAAGGUGCUGCGUCGCGUGAUGCAUCGGACGGGGAAGAAGGCCGAGCUCUGGCCUUACGUGCCCUACGAGGUGGUGCCACACCCUUACGCUCCUGGUGCCUACGACAAGAAGGCCCCUCCUGGUUACGUUCGCAAUGCAAUCGCCGACCCUCUUGUGGCCCCGCUUGCUCGUGCCAGCUCCUUCGAGGUCAAAUACACUUCUGCCUUGAGCGAUGACAAUCCCAACGCUUGCACCCUCAUGUGA